AUGCUACUGCAAUCGGUCCUCUCGACUCUCUGGCUUUGUGUCGGUAUCACGUCCGCCAAAUCACAACCAACGGUCUAUAUGAUCCGACACGGCGAGAAGCCCCGGGACCCGGAAGACCAUGGUUUAGCCUCAGAUGGGGUCAAGCGGGCACAGUGCCUGAGACAUGUCUUUGGGCAAGGCUCGGGGUACAACAUCGGGUAUAUUAUGGCACCUCAUGUGAAAAAGAAUGGCGAGCAUGGCCGUGCAUUUGAGACCGUUCUACCUCUUGCCAAAGACCUUGGUCUCACAGUCGACACACACUGCAAGCGGAACAAAGUGAGAUGCGUGGCUAAGGCGAUCAUGUCGUACGAUGGACCGGGCAACAUUCUGAUUGCAUGGCGGCACUCGACUAUGGGUGGGAUUGAGGAUGAGCUUGGUGCUUUAGAGCCUAUUGAAUAUCCGGAUGGGCGGUAG